AUGGCUUAUGUGCCAGAUCGGGAUGGCGCCAUGAGAGAGGUGGUACAAGCAUACGAGCUCAUCAAGAGUCAUCAGCCUCAUUUCCAAUUCUGUGACAAGGAGCAAGGAUUGGAAACCGUCAAUCUAGCGCAGAGCCUCCUCAACGAGGCCUUGCGAGCCCUGCACCUCGCCUUAUCGGUCUUGAAUCAUGAAACUUCUACUGCUGGUGGUGGUGCUGAGGGCUCAUCAAGAUCACACAUGCUUCAUCUCUUCUCGCGAAGCGAUGCAGCUGGCGAUGUGGGAGCUAUAAUGAGCCAGCAGAGAAGGAGCAAAAGGAGAAGAUCAAAUGAAGAGACUUCACAGGUUAUUCUGACUGAUGCACCUCAUGAUGAUGGGUAUAUCUGGAGAAAAUAUGGCGAGAAAAAGAUAAACGGGACCCAUUUCACAAGGAACUACUUCAGGUGCAGCUACAAAUAUGACAGAGGUUGCCAGGCCACAAAGCAAAUCCAGCAACAGAGUAGCAACGACCUGCCCAUCUUUCAAGUGACCUACAACAAAUUAGGAAUUUAUGCUCCAGAGCUUGCCUUCACGCGGGGAGGUAGCGAACCGGUCUUCGUCUUGCUCAGGCUCGGCUCCGGCGGGCUGCGGCUCCGCUACGACUCCUUCUUCUGGCACCCGGUGAAGCUCGUUAGUUCCGUCUGCGAGUUUCAGCUCUACACGAAAUGCAAUGCAUCAAGUUAA